AUGGCGCUCCUCUGCCCUUUCAUCUAUACGGUGGUGAGCUUCUACGUUGUCGUCCUUGUUCUGGCACUCGCUAGGGCUUCUGAAACCAUCGACGUUGGUGACCAUCCGAUCUCGAGUGUCGUCCAGCUGGUGGGCGCCAAGGGUCUGGUGUCUGCUCUGGCUCCAGGAGCGGCGGCGGCCUCUCCUGCGUUCGACCUGCUUAUGCGUGUCGACAACGGGCACAUCUUCGAUCAGUGCCGCGAGGGCGGCGGCAUCACCGUCUCUUACGCGGGCGUGCCUCUAGCGCAGGGUCGGACGCCCAGCUUCUGCGUGGGCGCCAAGGAGGCGAUGACCUUCACGGUGAACGCGACCACUGACGGGAGCGCGGGCGUGCCGGGGGACCUGUUUCGGCUCAUGUCAGCGGAGCGGAGAUGGGGCGUGCCGCAGCUAGAAGUUCGCAUGCAACUGGGGCGGCCCGGGUGGGAGUUGUACGCUUGGAGCAUCGAUUUGGAUGGGUAG